CGCGGGGCAGCUGCGGAGCAUGUCGACCCCGGCCCGUAGGAGGCUCAUGCGGGAUUUCAAGCGAUUGCAAGAGGACCCACCUGUGGGGGUCAGUGGUGCACCAUCUGAAAACAACAUCAUGCAGUGGAACGCAGUUAUAUUUGGACCAGAAGGGACACCCUUUGAAGAUGGUACUUUUAAACUAGUAAUAGAAUUUUCUGAAGAAUAUCCAAAUAAACCACCAACCGUUAGGUUCUUAUCCAAAAUGUUUCAUCCAAAUGUGUAUGCUGAUGGUAGCAUAUGUUUAGAUAUCCUGCAGAAUCGAUGGAGUCCCACAUAUGAUGUCUCUUCCAUCUUAACUUCAAUUCAGUCUCUGUUGGAUGAACCGAAUCCAAACAGUCCAGCAAAUAGCCAAGCAGCACAGCUUUAUCAGGAAAAUAAACGGGAAUAUGAGAAGAGAGUUUCGGCCAUUGUUGAGCAGAGUUGGAAUGAUUCAUAAUAGACACCUGGUCUGUUCAUCUUUUCAUUAUUGUUGUGUAUAAUUUACCUCCCAGUAGAAAGGCUAGCAAGUUUUAAGUGCCACGGGUUUUAAGGAUUCUGCAGAGAAAAAAGAAAAAGUCCUUCAGUUUAGAACCUACAAAAGCUUGUGUAUCUUGAUUAAUGUACUUUUUAUUGCAUGGUGUGAACUAAGUUAUUGCUGCAUAAAUUUGUAAUAUAUCCUGUUUGUAUUUUUUUCCAAGUGUAUAAUGUUGGUGUGGAGUUUUCAUGACAGAAUAUACACAUUUUGUAAAUCUGUACUUUUUUCAAAUAUUGAAUGCCUUAUUUUUGAAUUCUUUAGAUUUUUAAAUUGGAGAAAAGCACUUAAAGUUUUUUAUAUAUGAAUAUUACAUGUAAAGCUGUUAAAAUACAUAACUUCAGUGCAAGAGACUUUGUCACUUAUUUCCUUAUCUGUGCAGGAGGGACUGAGAAGUCUCUAGCUCUCCGCCAGUCGAGAGCUUCAUUUCCAACUGCAGAAGAUCAUACUUCUAUUUUAUCAAGAAAGUCUGCAAAUUUGAGUCUAAAACCAAUUCUGAUCUCCGGCUUUAUUUUGAAUGUACUUAUGUUAGUUCAGUUGAGUAAUUACAGACUUACUGGUCUAAUUCUGUCCAGCUCUGUAUUUGGGCCACUUGUUAACGUGUGUUUCUCAUGUUAAACUGUACCUGUUGUGAUUUCACAAUUGGCACCUCGGCCACGAGCAGAGCUGAUUGUUGUGUGGCAGCACCUUCACAGGCUUUUGAUUAAGAAGAAAGUAAAACCAUCACCCUUUACCAGACGCCGUGCCGCAGUAUUAGCAAUGGCCGGUUGUGUUGGUUUCAGCAAGGUAGAGAUUUGGAAGGAAUCUUGGUGUAACUUGAAUAUUUGCAAACUACCUUUUAAUGCAGCUGUGCGCUACCUGUUUAUUCUGGAACUGUUCAGCACCAGGGCCUGCCGAGUUGCUUCUGACCUCCUCAGUUGUAUACAAGUUGUACUGCAUCUUAGUUUACUGGAUAGAUUUAAAACACAGUAUUGUAGAAAGCUAAUACAAAGCUAUCCUAUGCCUUCAAAUAGUAUAGAAAAUGGAAAAUAUACAAGUAAAUUCUGUUGAACCA